CGGAAACAUACUUUAGAAAAGAAAAGAGAGGAUUUUCUCUGAGGAUAUCUUAAACUCGCUAGUGAGAGCUGUGUUUUUGUUUUCCUAAUACACAGACCGCACCUGAGGCCAUAAUAUUAAGCCUCAUGGACCAACCACAGGCCGCAAAAUAACUCGUGACGUUUGCAAAACAAAGCUUGGUCCGAUAAUUUAUCUCCCGGGCGGACAUUACCAACGGCAAAAUGAUAGAAGAUCCGGAGUACAUUAAAUUGGAAGGACUGAUCACGGAUGAUCAAGACAUGUCUCUGCGCAAAUCCCUUCUAAGAGGAAGAACUUCGCGAAGAAUAUCUGAUAAUUCAACGAACGAAAAUUCUCUUCAGCAAAGCAUUGAUGAAACUGUGGAGCGAAACCCAUGCAAGCGGAUCAGCCUACAUCAGGCAUGCAGAGAUGGCCUGGCUACUGUAGUUGAGAGGCUGAUCAGAGUAAAUCCUUCGGUUUGUAAUGAAUACGACAAAGAUGGAAUGGCACCUCUUCAUCAUGCGGCCAGAGGAAACUUCGUACAGAUUAUGAAAUUGCUUCUUAAAGCUGGAGCUGAUAUUGACAUCCCGGCCACUAAGAAUUGUAUGUACGUGACACCGCUAAUAUGCGCUAGCAAGUUUGACUCGUUCGAUGCUUGCCGAGUUCUCAUUCAAAAUGGCGCCCAAAUAACGAAGAAAACCUGCAACGGUCAGUCACCUUUGCAUUAUGCUGCACGGAAAGGACAUACACGUGUUCUUGAGGUUCUGCUAAAUGAAGGAGGAGCUGACGUGGACCAUGAAGAUAACGACAAAGCCACUCCACUGCACACUGCAGCACAGGCCGGCCAGAUUGAAGUCAUUAGGAAACUGGUGUUCUACGGAGCAGACGUGGCUCGUAGGGACAAUGACGGGUACACACCGCUACACCUUGCGGCACGUGAAGGUCACGUGGAUUCCUUCAAGGAGAUCCUCAAAAAAGCCAAAAGUGGUGGUUUGUCUACAAAGACACUGUUAAACAGUCCUGAUUGUUACGGAAACGUCUGCUUGCACCUAGCGAUAAAACAUGGACACAGAGAGAUCGUGGAGUUAUGUUUGGGGUCUGGGGCUGACAUAAGUACAGCACAGGAUGAUUUUUCCACUCCGAUCCACUUAGCUUGUAGUCAUGGAGACCUAGAAAUUACAAAGCUAUUGGUUCAACAAGGUGCUAAGAUUGAAAGUGAAGACGGUAACGGCUUAACACCUUUGUUGAGGGCUUCGCUUGGAGGGCACGUCCCAAUCAUCGAAUUUCUUCUUGCACAAGGAGCUAGGCUCUAUCCAGUCGCAGAUAGUUGCACCCCGUCUCCCUUAAUGUGUGCUGUGAAACGAAGCCAACACAAUGCUGUCAGAUAUUUCUUGGAACGCGGUUUUUCGCUGAAAUAUAAAGACCUAAACUGGAGAACCUGCCUCCAUGUAGCGGUGGCAUGUGCUGAUAUUGAAACUGUAGACUUAAUCUUAGAGAAUGGAGGUCAUAGCCUUUUGGAGAGCAAAGAUCAGUAUGGGAAGACAGCAAUACAUUAUGCUGCCGCCACCUGUAAUGUCGAUAUAAUCAACCGUCUGAUCCUUGUGGGAGCUGAUGUCAGGGCAAAAGACAACGAAGAAAAAAUAGCUCUUCAUUUUGCUGCAGAGGCUGGAGCUCUUUGUGCCGUGAGAUCGCUUCUAAGCGCAUGCCCAGAGUCUGUAAAUGACAUUGACUAUGGAUCCCGCACGCCUCUCCAUUUUGCAGCAGCCGAGGGAAGAGAUAAAGUAGCAACUCAUUUGUUACAAAAUAGUGCUGAAGUUGACUACAGGGAUGAUGAACGUUUUACACCGUUGUUUCAUGCUACCAUAUGUGGUUGCCCUGCGACAAUGGAUACGUUGCUGUAUCAUGGGGCAGAUAUCAAUGCUCUUGAGAAGAAUCGAAAGCCUCCGUUGGUAUUUGCAGCAUUUUUCAAAAACAACAAAAAUUUUCGAAAGCUCGUUCGGUUAGGAGCAGAUAUGACAAUAGUAUCAACGACAGGCUACAACUGCCUGGAUGCCGCUGUCAGGGCUGGAAACAAGGAAGUCUGUAUGGAAAUAAUUAAACACGAAAAGUGGCGGGAAGUCUUAAGCAACACAAAAUGUGAGGGAGUAUCACCCAUGCGGCGACUCAUUGAACGGUUUCCAGAUGUCGCUAAACUUGUGCUAGACAAAUGUAUCGAGCAUUCGCCACUUCUGGACACAGAUCCAAAUUAUACGAUCACCUACGACUUCAGUUUUAUUUUUCCAAACUCGGAUGAAGAAUUUGACCUCAACCAAGAACGAUAUUGUGGACUAAAGACAAUGUUGGAUUCUGGCCGUGAAGAACUUUUGUUUCAUCCUCUCACCAGGGAGCUGGUACGAAUGAAAUGGCGACGUAUUGGUCUGACUGUGUUUCUCAUGGGAGCAAUCUUUUAUUUAACGUUCCUGUCCGUAUUUUCUCUCUACCUUUACUGCAAAAGCGAUAUUUCUAAGAGACACUGCAAUGAUGGUUGGAAUUAUCCACAAAAGAUUUUUCUGCUUAUUUUCUGUACGUCAAACCUACUUUUGGAAGCUUUCCAACUCUACAACGAGCGCUGGAUGUAUUUUGAGUUGACCAAUUUCUUGGAAGUUUCCACCUACGUGACAACAAUCAUGGCCGUCACUCUACCAGAUGGGCAAGACCACCAAUGGGCUGUCGGGAUCAUAGCACUGUUAAUGGCAUUCUUCGCCAUGCUUCUACAGCUUCAACUACUUUUCUGCUCAGGUAUCUACGUCACAAUGCUGUUGGAGGUCCUUAAAUCUGUAUUCAAGGUGAUCGUUGUGUUUUCCUUGCUUAUUGCGGCUUAUGGAUUGAUAUUUUACUUGCUCUUGGGAGAUGAGUUGUCGUAUACUUCCCCGUAUAUGUCAGUUUUGAAGGUGUUCGACAUGAUGGCUGGUGGAGUCGAAUUCAACCAUUACUUUGUGGAGAACCUGGAACUUCGCAUGCCAGAUCUGGCCCGCUUCAUUUGUUUCACAUUUAUCCUCGUUAUGUCCAUCUCGCUAAUGAACCUGUUGAUUGGUUUGGCUGUUGGGGACAUUGAGUCUGUACAAAAGAAUGCCGAGCUCAAACGUCUGAGGACACAGAUAGAGUCACUGUCUCAAUUUGAAAAAAAGCUGCCAUCUAGUAUGAAAGAUCGCCUAUAUUCUCCCAAGCUGGUUCUUUGGCCAAACUCGGGAUCCAUGUCUUUUGUGAGGAAAUUAACGUGGUCUCUGGGGCUAGUGGAUUACGCUUCAAUUCGAAUGAUUGAAAAAACUAAGCCAUCCCACGAAGAAGACAAGAUGAAAGAGCUUCAAGAACAACUCAAAACGCAACAAGAAAGUCUCAAUACGUUACGGACGGAGCUGCGAUCUCAAAGAACAAUCCUAGAGAACAUUUCCAUCAAUAUGGGAGCGAGAUCCCCUGUCAGUAACAGAACAAAUCUGAUGGAUGAUUUCUGAGUCCUUAUGUGGAUAUUUGAAAGUAUAAACUUUCAACAAGAAAAAGCUGUUUCCUCACUCUUUAAAUUAGUAACGCGACUUUGUUCAUAAGUCCUUGAUGAAUACAGAAAACGCACAACCUGAAACACACCAUUAUAGAUACUUAAACAAUUCCAGUGAAACUUUAUUAAAGCAAACGAAAAAAGAUUUAGUUGCAGUUAUGGCUAAAAUUGCCAAAAAGUCGUUCAAGACAACUGUGAAAUGAUAAAAAAAAAAACAAUAGCAAAACAAAAUGGACAGAAAAAAAGUACAAACGAUCCUCAAUGUCAGCAUGGUUAAUGCAGAAGACUGUAAAAUGCACCUCAGGCGAUCUAGCAUAUAUUUGACUCGACAGUAAACUGCCGAUAAAAUCAGAAACGUUUAAAGCAAAUCUGAUACUGGAUACUGCUUGUUACUUACAUUAAAGGCCCCUGAAAUAAUACGACAGAUUCUAAUGAGUUGUACAUAGAAACAAUAAAAUAAUGCUAAACUGACAACGAAAA